GUGGCCCGGCUUUCCUCUUGGCAGACCAGUGGCGUAGUAUCGGACAGGGUGCUCGUGCGUCUGUUUCUUUGGCAUUUGCGUUACUUGGCGUGUUUUGUGGGUUUGCUUUUUGUGUGUGUGAAAAGGACGAGAGGAAGAGAAACGGUUGACACUGCAGUAUAGAUUCGACCUUUGAUUCGGGAACGCGCCAUUGCGCAGUGUCGGUUUUUUCCACUAUCGGAGUUGAAUUAAUCGAUGCGAAUAAUCGCGUACCACAAAGUGGCAAGUUAACUGACUAAUUAAACCGAGGAAUCGUAGUGACACACGAGAGCAGAGCAGAAAAUGAUACAAAAUCGGGAGAGGGUGGAAGGGUGUGGCGGCGGCUAGGACGCACCCUAGGCCGGGCCGAGCGUGGGCGGAGUCUGGCCACGACAGAACUCGAUUCAGAUUUCAGUGUUCCCCCAACGACGGGUGGUUAAGUGCGCGCGGGGACUGUCGCAGGCGCUCACCCAGCCCCCCAACCCCCCCUUCUUGCUAAUUCCGUGCUUUAAAAAUUCAUACCAAGCUACCUAGAGCAUGUUAAGAUUUAGGGUGGGCUAAAUGUGGUAGGUGAUGCAUCACGCCAUGUUGAAAAAUUGUUGUCAUGGAGAAUUACGGAAAAGGUUUUAGAUUAGAAGGCGAGAAAAACCUUCGUUGGUGAUUGGUUGGUUGGUUGAGCGGCGGGAACAACCGAGUGAGAUCACUAUAUUCAACACAAUCCUUCAUCCCCCAGUGAAGUAUAAUCCAUCGCGGCGCUUGUGUCAAGUUUAGAGUAAAGGGACUUUACGUGUUUUUGAGCCGGACUUUACUCGCCCCAAUAAUGCCUAGGCCUAUCGUCGUCGGGGCCCCUGGUCGUAGGGGCCGCUGCGGGUGAGCGGAGAGGCCCCUCGGGGGCCCCUUCAUCUGUGUUCCCUUGUGCUUGCUGUGCGUGAUGGUGGCGAGGCACAACUCUGCCUCCUGCUGAAGCACGCCCCUGCUGCGGCACACACACACACACCACUCAAGCUUCUCAAACUUUUUUUUGUGAGGGUAAAUUUCCAGUGCUGGUGAUUGAUUUGAUUGAUUGGUUGUCGCUGUCAGCUCCGCGGGUUGAACGACUCCGCCUCGACGUUGGGCUAUGGCCGAGAGGUGCGCCGUGAGGGCUCCUGCAGCCACCUCUCCUGGGGAAGAGGAGUGAGAGGGUGGGAGGAGCAGCUGCUGGAGGGGUAGCCAUGUUGUGCCUGCUGCAUGCUGACGCCGGGGGAGGCUGACACUUGAGUAUGAUGGCUAGUGCAGCGGCCAGCGGCUGAUCACCAUGGAUGUCAGCCCACCAGAUAGGGGAGUCCCUCGCCCCUCUCCGCCGGCUGUGCCGUCGACGGGGGUGCCCAACCUGACGGCGCCUGGUAGCGUGGCGGGGCAGGCAGCAGGUCCCCCCGCCACCGUCAGGAGCACCAGCACCGCCGGCAGCCACAUGGUGGCGACGCCGGGAGGGCGGACAGCGGCGGCAAUGGCGGCGGCGGCGACGACGCCGCACCAUCACCCGGCCGCCCCGCCGUCAGGCAGGCAACUCUCCCCCGUCACCACACCCUCGUCACCCACCUCAUCACGCAAGAACACCCACACUGUCACGAGCGUCGUCAGGUCAACUGCGGCAGGUGGCAACCGACUCCUGGCCGCCACCACAUCCACCAUCACCACCACCACAACCACCACCACCACCGCCUUCACCACCGCCAACAUCCUCGCCACAUCUACUGCUUCAACAGGUGUCCAUUGUCUCAACAUUUAAUACAUAUUGACAACCAUUUUCAUCGUAAUGAUGCAGCCCCUGGAGGUUUUAACAUGGGAGCUGGCGGCUGGGUUGGCUUAUUUGGGAAUUUAUGAGCUAACCAGAAUUACGCAGUAUAGCCGAGCCUAGCCUGCUACACGUUUUGAUGGAUGGGUCUUACAGCCGGCCGGGAGCCGAGUGGGAUAGUAACCUACCAUACCGGAUCGAGAGAAUUUUGAAGAUAACCUUCUCCUAGACUUUGCGAAUGCUGCAAGAUGGACUGGAGUUUCUCGAUUCUUUCGGUGAAUUUCGUAAUGUUGGAGGUGGAUUGGGCGAGAUGUUUUAUAGUUGACUUGUAUUCAAUUAAAAUCGAGGUUUUAAGUGUUCGCUUUGGUUUUACUUAAUUGGUUUCAGUUGGUUUUAUCUAUUUGUGUCGAGUUUGACGUUCUUUGUAAUAUUUUUAGUUCUAUAAACUGGUAUUGUUAUAAAGUUUAUAUGUUUGAAUCAGAGAUUUCUAAUGUUUACAUUGAAUUAAUUUUUUUAAUUCACAAAAUUACGAUUUUUUAUUGAAGGCUGUGAAAGCUAUUUGCGUUCUGUAUUAAAAAAUAUAAUUUGUGCGAAAUAUUUCAAUGAAAAUAUAUAUUUUUUAAUUUUGAAAAGAACUACGAUGGAUCAGAAUUUUAAAGAUUUUAAAAUAAAAAAUAUUUUAAGUUGUAGGCCACAGAUAGGCAAUAAUGUUUUGAAAUUGAAAAUGGACUGAACUAAUUGCUUAAAUACAAGAUAUCAAGCGAUUUCUUUAGAAUUUGUUAGACUUAUAAAUGCAUUUGUACCAGCUUUGUAGGAAAGUUUUUAUUAUUUUGAAGAUAGAUGAAUUUUGCCAGUUGCAAAUUGGAAAUUGUUAAUUCUGAAUAAUUUUUCUGAAUUUCGAAUUGUAGAGAAUCUUAAUUAAUUUUUUUAUGGUACGAUAAACUGCUCUCCUAGUAAAUAACUCUCUAUAUCAAAGAUGCAUUUUUUGUUGGAGUUAGCCAAAUUAAAAUAGUGUCCAAUCAUCAAAUUUGUAAUGAACCAGCGGUAAAAAGAAGUACUGUACAUUACUGGUACAAGACUUUAGACUAACCUUAGCUGUUGAGACUGCUCUAGGCUAAUGAUCUUUGGUAUUGCCAUGUUUAAGUCAACAUCACAGAGCACCAAGCCUCUUGCAAGAAGCCAAUGUUGCCGGGUUUACUACCAUUUAAGGGGAAGGAAGACAUUUUGUUGCUAUCGGAUAUCACUUGAAGUUUAGACUCGUAGGAUAAUGUUUUAGGGUUAGAUGGCGGCGAAGACAAAACAGUGAGCAAUAAUAUUUUCUGUUUACUUAUUAUUAUUACUGGUGAAGACAAGUGAGAAAACGGUAAUACAACGGAACAACUGUUUGUAGUCAAUUUUAAUAUUAAUUGUUAACAGUUACAAUGAGAAUUAUGUAUUAUCUGUGACUGCUGUUGAUGGUCUGAUUCAAAUAAUAAUAAUACUUUAAUAAUAAUAAAGUAUUAAUAAUUGUGUCCAAAUGGUUAAUACAUUUUAUUGUGUGUUUCAUUAUUAGACUGUUUGAUUAGUUAUUAUUAAAUUACAGCGAUAUCAUAAAAUCUUUAUUGUUACAAUAAUAAUAUAGGUUUUUAAUUGUUAACUAUUAUU